AUGGCGUGCGAAGGGAUCAGUAAGAGGCUAAAGGGUGUGCGAUUAAAGGGAUUGGUGUGCGAAGGGAUCAGUAAGAGGCUAAAGGGAUUGGCGCGCGAAGGGAUCAGUAAGAGGCUAAAGGGAUUGGUGUGCGAAGGGAUCAGUAAGAGGCUAAAGGGAUUGGCGCGCGAAGGGAUCAGUAAGAGGCUAAAGGGAUUGGCGCGCGAAGGGAUCAGUAAGAGGCUAAAGGGAUUGGCGCGCGAAGGGAUCAGUAAGAGGCUAAAGGAUUGGCGUCACGAAGGGAUCAGGCCCUGGACCCUCAGGCUCAGGGGUUAUCUGGACCCCUCAGGUUAUCUGGCCCCCUCAGGUUAUCUGGCCCCCUCAGGGCCUCUGGCCCCCUCAGGUUAUCUGGCCCCCCAGGUUCUCUGGCCCCAUCAGGUUAUCUGGCCCUCAGGGCCUCUGGCCCCAGGUUAUCUGGCCCCCUCAGGUUAUCUGGCCCCCUCAGGUUAUCUGGCCCCCUCAGGUUCUCUGGCCCCCUCAGGGCCUCUGGCCCCCAGGUUAUCUGGCCCCCAGGUUCUCUGGCCCCCUCAGGUUCUCUGGCCCCCUCAGGGUCUCUGGCCCCCUCAGGUUCUCUGGCCCCCUCAGGGUCUCUGGCCCCCCUCAGGUUCUCUGGCCCCCUCAGGGUCUCUGGCCCCCUCAGGGCCUCUGGCCCCUCAGGUUCUCUGGCCCCCUCAGGUUAUCUUGCCCCAUCAGGUUAUCUGGCCCCUCAGGGCCUCUGGCCCCUCAGGGUCUCUGGCCCCCUCAGGUUCUCUGGCCCCCUCUGGCCCUCAGGUUAUCUGGCCCCCUCAGGUUAUCUGGCCCCCUCAGGGCCUCUGGCCCCCUCAGGUUAUCUGGCCCCUCAGGUUCUCUGGCCCCAUCAGGUUAUCUGGCCCCUCAGGGCCUCUGGCCCCCUCAGGUUCUCUGCCCCUCAGGGACUCUGGCUCCCCAGGUUCUCUGCCCCCCCCCAGGUUCUCUGCCCCCUCAGGUUCUCUGCCCCCUCAGGGACUCUGCCCCCUCAGGACUCUGCCCCCUCAGGUUCUCUGCCCCCUCAGGGACUCUGCCCCCUCAGGGACUCUGCCCCCUCAGGUUCUCUGGCUCCCUCAGGGACUCUGCCCCCUCAGGUUCUCUGGUUCCCUCAGGGACUCUGGCUCCCUCAGGUUCUCUGGCCCCCCAGGUUCUCUGGCCCCCAGGUUCUCUGCCCCCCUCAGGUUCUCUGCCCCCCCCUCAGGUUCUCUGCCCCCUCAGGUUCUCUGGCCCCCAGGUUAUCUGGCCCCCUCAGGUUAUCUGGCCCCCUCAGGGCCUCUGGCCCCCAGGUUAUCUGGCCCCCUCAGGUUCUCUGGCCCCAUCAGGUUAUCUGGCCCCUCAGGGCCUCUGGCCCCCUCAGGUUAUCUGGCCCCCUCAGGUUAUCUGGCCCCUCAGAUUCUCUGGCCCCUCAGGGCCUCUGGCCCCCUCAGGUUAUCUGGCCUCAGGUUCUCUGGCCCCCUCAGGUUAUCUGGCCCCCUCAGGUUCUCUGGCCCCCUCAGGUUCUCUGGCCCCCUCAGGGUCUCUGGCCCCCUCAGUGUCUCUGGCCCCUCAGGGUCUCUGGCCCCCUCAGGGCCUCUGGGCCCCAGGUUCUCUGGCCCCCUCAGGUUAUCUGGCCCCAUCAGGUUAUCUGGCCCCUCAGGGCCUCUGGCCCCCUCAGGGUCUCUGGCCCCCUCAGGUUCUCUGGCCCCCUCAGGGUCUCUGGCCCCCUCAGGGCCUCUGGCCCCCUCAGGUUCUCUGGCCCCCUCAGGUUCUCUGGCCCCCUCAGGUUAUCUGGCCCCAUCAGGUUAUCUGGCCCCUCAGGUUAUCUGGCCCCCUCAGGUUCUCUGGCCCCCUCAGGGCCUCUGGCCCCCUCAGGUUCUCUGCCCCCCUCAGGGACUCUGGCUCCCUCAGGUUCUCUGCCCCCCCAGGUUCUCUGCCCCCUCAGGUUCUCUGCCCCCUCAGGGACUCUGCCCCCCUCAGGACUCUGCCCCCUCAGGUUCUCUGCCCCCUCAGGGACUCUGCCCCCUCAGGGACUCUGCCCCCUCAGGUUCUCUGGCUCCCUCAGGGACUCUGCCCCCCUCAGGUUCUCUGGUUCCCUCAGGGACUCUGGCUCCCUCAGGUUCUCUGGCCCCCAGGUUCUCUGGCCCCCUCAGGUUCUCUGCCCCUCAGGUUCUCUGCCCCCCUCAGGUUCUCUGCCCCCUCAGGUUCUCUGCCCACCUCAGGGUCUCUGGCCCCCUCAGGUUCUCUGGCCCCUCAGGUUCUCUGGCCACCUCAGGGUCUCUGGCCCCCUCAGGUUCUCUGGCCCCUCAGGUUCUCUGCCAGGCUGUUCCAGAGGCAGGGGGUGCAGAGCGUUCGAUUGGCCUGCCGGGGGGGAGGCAUGGAGACCCCUGCCGGGGGCAUGGAGACCCCUGCCGGGAGGCAAGGAGGCUAGAGAUCCCCCGCCGGGGCAAGGAGACCCCUGCCGGGGGCAUGGAGACCCCUGCCGGGAGGCAAGGAGAUCCCUGCCGGGGGGGCAUGGAGACCCCUGCCGGGAGGCAAGGAGAUUCCCCUGCCGGGGGGGGGGGGCAUGAGACCCCUGCCGGGGGGCAUGGAGACCCCAGCCGGGAGGUAGCAAGGAGACCUGCCGGGGGGCAUGGAGACCCCUGCCGGGAGGCAAGAGACCCCUGCCGGGAGGCAAGGAGAUCUCCUGCCGGGGGGCAAGGAGACCCCUAG